AAUUAAAAUUCCGGUUAUACCCUUGAGGUUCUGCUCUUCCUUCUCCUCCUUUCUGGUGUGGAAUGUUGAAUCACCACAUGGCAGAGAAUAGAAGAGAAGGUAAAGAGUCAGCAGCUUCAACACCAACACCAACUCCUCUCUCUCUCUGCAACCCUUUCUCCAUUACCCAAUAAAAGGGACCUAACAAAAACUCUUAACCCUCCAAAAAAGUUUUUUUUUUUUUUUUCUCUGGGUCGCUUCACUCUCACCCUUUCAUUUGAACCCACCUUGCCCCACUUCGCUAAGUCUCAGUUUCGUUUUGUGACACCAACCUCUUAUCACUCCUCGUUACAUAGUACGAUGAAUGCAGUUUAACAUUUGUGUUUUUUGUUUUUUGUUUUUUUUUUUGCGGCUGAAACUUUCGUUUUUGUGGGGCAUUGUUUGACUUCACUUCCGGUAUUUGAACCCCGUUCUCUCUUCCCAAUUCUGGGUUACGCUCUGUUUUCCCUCUCUUGACCUUGAUCCCCUUUUACUUUCUGGGUUCUCUUUCUUUUUGUGGGGUUGUUGUUGGUUUCGUUCUUCUUCAAUGGUUUGAGUUUGGGAGCGGUGUUUGGCUUUUCCUUAGGGUUUUUCCUUGUCCAAUUUGAGUUGGUCGAGGAACGACCCAUCAUUGUUGUGUGUGGGGUGGUGAAGUGGGGUUAGUGAGAAUGUCUGGUGGAGAAGUUGGUCCUGUUUUUGUAGCGUGGGAGGAGAAAGUGAUAUGCCAGGAGCGUGGGAACCGAGUGAUUCAUUUCUAUUUGAAGGAUGCAUUGGGGAAUUCAGUGCUUGCUGUUGUGGGGACUGAGAGGAGUGUGAGGCACAUGAUGUAUGUUGUCCCUGAUAAUUUCUUGCAGGCUUAUGGAUCCACACAAUCCAUCAAUGCUUGUAAAUGGAGGGCAAGGAGAGAGGUUGUUGACUGGCUCACUUGUUUGGUCUCGCGAAAUCGUCAACAACAUCAUGCAGGUGUGCCGCUGGAUGAUUCAGCACUAGCAAUGGAAUCUCUCAAGAUUUCAACAGCUGGAAUCAAUGCCAAUAAAGAAAUUUUGCCUGAUAAAAUGAUUUCUAGGAAACUGAAGUUUCAUAGUUCAGAUAUUGAAUGGUCAGGGGUUGCUUGGUUUUGUGCUAAACAGCUGAAGCACUACCCAGGCUUUUGCAGGAAUGGGACAACCAUAUAUGUUCAUUCAUUUGUAUAUAUUAUGGCUGAAGAAGAAAACCACUACCUUGGUUACCUGGAAGAUAUGUAUGAAGAUAAGAAGAAACAAAAAAAGGUGAAGGUACGGUGGUUUCAUCAUGGUCAGGAAGUUAAGCACGUGAUUCCUCAACUGAAUCUGCAAGAGGGAGAGGUUUUCAUCACACCUCAUGUUCAGGUGAUCAGUGCUGAGUGUGUCAAUGGUCCUGCAACAGUUUUGACUCCAAAGCAUUAUGAGAAGUAUCUGGCUGCUGUGCCCCAUACCUCUUUAUCUGAGAUCCAUACAUGCUUCAGGCAGUUUAAAAACAAUAAGCUUAAGCCCUUCACACUUACUAAGUUGCGUGGAUAUGGUAACCAAUCUAUACUUUCUUGUUUGAAUAGUCCUAUUCUCUCAAAGAGAAAGGCGAAGUGUCAAAAGUUGCACACAGAAGAUGAUGAGAACUGCACUCAAGAUGGUCCUUUGAGGUCCAGCAAUAAGAGAAACAGAAGCUCUAAGGGGUGUCAAGUACUUGAAAAGGAUGCUUCUGUUCAGCAAAUCUCUGUUCCUAUAAAUGAAAUGGCAAAAUGUGAACCAAAAUACCCAAGUUUAAAAUUGAAACUAUCAAGAAAAACAAUGGGUAUUACGGUUAUUGGACCAAAAGCUCAACUGUCUUUUAGAGUCGAUGAAAAGGUUGAGGUUCUCUGUCAAGAUAGUGGAAUUAGGGGAUGCUGGUUUAGCUGUAAAAUCUUAAGUACAUCUCAGAAGCAUCUGAAGGUCCAGUAUGAUGAUUUGCUGGAUGUAGAUGGACCAGAGAAACUAGAGGAAUGGGUCCCUGCAUCUAGAGUGGCAGCUCCUGACAAACUGGGUAUGCGAUGUUCAGGCCGCUUGACAGUACGACCAUGCCCUCCUAAAUAUACUACAGAUCACACUCUUGAGAUUGGCACACCAGUGGAUGCCUGGUGGAGUGAUGGAUGGUGGGAAGGUGUCGUAACUGCAGUCAGUGUUUGUCGAGUUGAAAUCCUGCAGGUUUAUUCCCCUGGUGAAGAUAAGUUCCUAAUGGUUGAGAAGAAGAACAUUCGGAUUUCCCGAGAUUGGAUUGAUAACAGGUGGGUUGAUAUACCAAGAAAGCCUAACAUUUGCAGCUAUUUAUCUUCGAAGGUCAGCUCCAGCAUCAGGCUGUCUGCUAAUUCUGCAGUGGUAGAUGGAUCUGUGUCUGAUUGCUCUGCAAUAUUAGAAAGUAAAUCAUCAUCAAUUGCCAAAGUGGAAGUUGCUCCAAAGAUUGAGCUAGAAUUAUCUGGUUUGGAAGCACCUGAAGACCCGAUGAAGAGAACAUAUUUGGGGAAGCCACUCCAUGCCAUUCAUGAAGACAAGGAUAACAACUCUGAUGGUGGCCUUGAUGGUGAAGCUGACAAUAUUAAUGAAGAUAGAAAGCCACUUAGUGUCGUUGAGGAAUACAAAGAUAAUAACUCUGGCAGUGGCAGUGAGGGUGACACUACUAACAAUGAUGAUGACGCUGACAAUGUGGAAGAGGACCUUGAGGAAAAUUUUGAUUGUUCUGAACCAAAACUUGAUGCAGCAGAAGCAAUACAGGUUACAUGAAUAUAUGGUAGAGCUAAAUGGGGAAUUUUUUUCUCUCCUGAUUAUACCUGAAGGUGGAAUCACCUUGUAUAUAAAACAAGAUGAAGCCCUGGGGUGGUAGUAUAAGCAGAGGAUAAUGAUUUACAAGUUUCUGACUCAUGGAUAAUCGUAGUGUAUAGCUCCUAUAGCUUGUGUUUUGGGUUGAGAGCCUUUAAUUAGAUAAACUUUCUAUAUAUAAUAUACCAGGAUCCAUGUUUAGGUCAUGUGGUUGGUGGAUGCACAAUUGCACAUAUCAGUUGGAACUGCUUAUCGUAGAGUUAGUGAUUAGACAUGAGUAAAGUUUGUAAUUUAUGAUUUUAAGUAGUUUUGACUUUUGACCAUGAAUCUUACAAGAUCACAGAAUUACAAUCUGCCAUGUCUAGAUUCUUCUAUUUCAAAUUACUAGGGAUUGAAUUUUGAAUCAAACACUUGCAAGUCCAAGUGAUAAAAACCUUAGUUUUCCUUAAGGAUUAGGUUUGAGAUUUGUGGAUGGAAAAGUUUUGGUGUGUGAAGAGUUUUAAUUGAUUAAUUGGGUGUGCCUAGUUUAACUCAAAAGAUAAAAUUUAGGUGCAGUUUUUGAAGUAUUUUAUUUGUAUUGUUUUGUAAUUAAAAUUAGAAUUUUACAUUAGUAAAAGCUUCACAUUUAAGGCC